GUACAAUGAGCAUAUUAUUCCUGAUUGCAAGUAUCAGCAUUACCAGAGAGUGUUGAAUGGCCAGUGGUUGACUACAGAGGCUAUUUCGGACUAUUUGCAGCUUUUGAAAUUAGAGGCAGAAAAGAAGAGCAUAAACAUUGCCUGCAAGGAUGCAACAUUUUUACCUAAAUUAAUAGCCCAAGGAUUUAAAGGUGUCAAGUGCAGACAAAGAAUUCAUUUACUACAAAAAGAGGCUGUCAUGAUACCAGUCCACAGCGACUGCCAUUGGUCAUUGGUAGUAAGUGAUGUUGGGCAUUUUAUAUAUUACACAAUACUUAGAUUGUAGAUAUGGCAGAACAGAUUAUUUAUUACUUUGACUCCCUACACAGAGAAAAUUACAAAGUGAUUAACUUGAUAUGGUAUUAUAUAUGCAUGGAAGCAAAAGAGGAAAGUGCUACACUUCCUGAAAAGACUAAAUGGUCAUACUGUGAUGGAAAGAUGUGUGGUUUUCCUCAACAACAAAACUCAGAUAAUUGUGGUGUCAUGGUCUGCAUGGUAUAACUAUAGUCAUACUUUAACAAUAACUUAAGAAACAUCAUAGGCAGCAAAACUUUUUAUAGAAAAAUCCACAUUCAAAUUUGACUAUACUGAAAUCCCAGCAGGACGAAACUAUCUUUAUAAUGCUUUGACUGAGCCUUACAAAAUAGGUUCUAAAACUAAAAAAAUUGAUUUAGUAGAAAAUGAAGAAAAAAAGGCAAACAGUCAUAGCUUUAGUAGUGAUGAAGAUGAACUUCCUCAAGUAGACUUUAAGUCACUUAAGUCUAAGGUGAAACAUAAGGAACAACCUGCCAAAACAGGUAUGACUACACCCAAAGAAAACAGUGUUAAUUCUGGUAGCAAAAUUGCAAUGUCACUAGAUCAAAACACAUAUUUUUUGACUUGCAAUGAUAUAAUUGAGUUAAGUAGAGCUACAUUAUCUACAAAGGCAGCAUUGUUCUACAUUAAGGCAAUGGCCAAAAUCAGAAAUGAUAAUUAUGACAAUUUUAACACAAAUGUGGAUGGGUAUGCAGAGAUUGUAUCCAGUGCUGAUCUGGAAUUAUAUAUGAGACACAAAUACAAUGAUAAAUAUAAUCCCUGCAAUGAUAUUACAAAUUCUUAUAAAGGCAUUAGAUUAGUCUUAUGUCCAGCUUUUUGGGAAGGAGUUCUUUUGUUUGCAAAGCUAUCUGAAAAAGAAAUUACUGUAUAUGAUGUAAUUGAAAGGACAGACAAUAGUAAGAUAAUAGCUCUAACAAGUGCAUUCAGAAAAGCUUUAGCAACUUGGUUCUGCAAUAAGGAAAGCCAUAAGCAAGUAAGAUUAAGUUGUUGGACUGUGAAAGAAAUAAAGGAAUAUGGUUAUGAUGAGAUAAAUUAUAUUGAUAGAAUAAAAAACUAUUCACUUUGUCAGUACACUGGAAGACUAUUAGGAUUGUAUCAUGAAGUAACUACAAAUUCUUUGAGUUUUGAAAUUGAGGUUAAAAAUUACAAUAUGUGGAUAUUGGAAAAGAUAUCAUCAGUUGCAGAAAUUCAUGACAGCAAUUUUUUUGGUAAAGUAGAAGAGAUUAUGAAACAAAUAACAGAAAAAGAAGAAGGCUCUGUCAUAAAUAUACAUGACAUUAAUCCAAAAGAGGAUGGACUUCUAAUGCCCACUUUCAAUGAUGCAGCUAGAGAGAGUUAUUUUAUACAAUGGUAUCCUUACAUCAAUAGGGAAGUUUUAUCAGAUGAAAACACUUCACUCAGUAGAAAAUUUAUCAGAGAACACAUUAAAAAACAUGAGCUGAAAUUAAAGCAACUGUGUAAAGGAGAGAUUGCCAGCAUAUAUCAAAAUGUAAAUGCAAAGUGGGAAAGGAUGGUGUGGCCAAUAGAACAAUUUGAUAUGGUUGAUGAAAUUUUCCAUUUCCUCAUGGGGCUGGAAAUGGAAACAAAGAAGGAAAAGGAGAUUGCAAUAAUGAGCUUAGUUGUAAGAAACUUUCUGUGGCCAGAGGUUCUCACAUUGCUAACAAUGGCUAAGGCUAAUUUAACAUAUUGCAUAAAAGAUAGAUAUAAACAAACACCAUACUAUAGGCAAGACAACAUGGUUAUUUUAGUCAUGGUUUAA